AUGCAUCUCACGAAUCCCAAACCUGUAGAACUAGUUCCACAUUCUGAUGAUAUUGUCGUCCUUGCGAGGCCUUUGCGAAGUCGUGACUCGAAACGUGAAUUCCAUUUUGGAUUGUUACUAAUGGAAUUAUGGGAAAUACCAGCCAUUAAGAAUGUUGUAUGCGAUCUACUUAGUGAUGAAGCGGAGGGAAGCCUGUCCGAUUUUGCGAUACGCAAAAUCCACUACACGGCAACCAACCCUCUAAAGAAGGAUCUCUUUACGGUCGAGUCAAGGCCCACUAGCUUGCGUAAGUUGUAUGAGAAGGCAACCACCGACCGUCUUUCGACUUCUAUACUAGAUCAGCUCAGAAAAGACUCUCAGCAUUCACCGUUCUUGUUGUGCACGCCUGUACUUACAACUAGGAGGAGACGCGUUUAUCAUAAAGUUGAUGAUAUUGAAACACGUAUUCCAUCUGUGGUUGAGCAACUUCGGAAAUGGACUUCACGCGAGGCUAUUGGAGACGUGACAGCGCUGCCGGAUGCGUCCAUGCGGAUAGUCAGCUGUGUCACUUUGACGCCGGAUGAACUCUCCGAAUGCGGUUCUGGAGACGACGAACCGAUCGACCAUCGGCUUCCGAGUCCCGAAGAGCAGCUACGAAUUAUUGCCUCCAAAUUCACUCCAGAACUAGUGGCGAUAGAUACAUCGGGAAAAUUCUUCGACAGAAUGUGCACGUCUAGAAAAUCGCUUCACAUGGAGUUGAGUACAGGCGAAACGGACACCGUGAAAAGACGGACGCGCACCAGAAAACCCCGCGGUAAAAGACGCAACACCAUAUCGGGCACUGAUCAGAAAGAGCUUAGAGAGGCUAUCGCUGGUGAUACACCAAAUGCUGUGCCUUCUGAAGAAGUUGAAGAUAGUACUGUCGUGAGAUCGCGAUCAAGCGAUUUACUUAAGAAGAGCCCGAUAGACCCAGUGAUAAAGAAAGGACAUUUCAAUAGUUUGAAACAGUGGGGCAAAAAUAGAUUGAAAAUGAUAGGCAGAUCUCCAAGUGCGAGUCGUGAUAGUUUCAAAGAUGUAUCAAAAAUUGAGAGAAGCAGGGAAUCUGUAUCUCCGCCUACUUCUGAAGAAAUGCAAACUAAUGAAACGUCAGUAACGAUGCGAAAGAAGAGAACGAGUGAUGAGGAUCGCAGAACGCAUCAGAGAUGCGCAUCAUAUUCUUCGUCUGAAAAAAGUAUAGGUGUUCCCUCUGGGCCAGCCACGGCUACUAUUAACAGUGGUGUCAAAUUAAGAACUACAUCGACACAAAGAAGAUUAAGACGCUCCGGCACUGGCAAAGAGGAACCUCAUUCAUCAAGUGGAAAUUGGUCGGCGAGUUCAGAGUCGGGGCGGACUAGCAUCGGCUCUGAAAUAACGACCACGACUGUUCCUCCCAAGAGUACUACAUCCGCUGGAACUUCUAAUAAUUCACUUAACUUCCAUCACGGUCCACCCAGCUCAAUUAUUAGUAGAAGAAGAUUUCUUAAUACUUCUGGUUCGGGGAGUGUCACCAGUGAAGGCACUCUCACACCUGACAUUAUCCACGAUUUACAUGAAGACUUAGAAACUAGUUCAGAAUUCUCCUGUGAUACUGAAGGUUAUUACACCUCCUUCCACAUGGAUUCUGGCCUAAAAACACUGAAAGAAGAAGAAAUAUCCCCGAGUACACCGCUACAUACCUCAACUGCAUUAUCCUCUAAUUCUUCAACUAGUCAAAACUUAACAGCUGAAAAUGAGUAUGAGCUAUUUGGUAAAGGCUCAACAAGUACAACUACAAGUUCAGCUGGAACGGUAUGUACGACUUUGAUGGCAGCUGGAAGUGAUAGAUCGUUAACUGUAGGUCCAACGGUACCGGAAAGGAAAAGCUCAUUAACGAAAAUGAAUCGAGGGAACAGGAACAGUAAUAUACACAGUGCCAACGCAAGCUUAGAUCGAAGUUCUAACUCAUUUAAUAAAUCACCUUUUAGUAGUCUACGUUACAACGCUUUGAGAUCAUUCACUGACAAACAUAUUUACAAUCAGUCUUCGCCGGAAAUAAGUAAUGUGCCAAAUUCGACCGUUACAGUUACUAGAAAUAUUGGAAAUAAUAGAGAAAUAACUGCAGUCGCUGAAAUUCACACAGAAACUGAUUUAGAAUAUGCAAAGAAGAGUACGGGGACCAGCUCGCCCGAUUCAGGACAUAAUACGUCUAGUUCUCCUAUUGAAGAUUCAGUUUCCAGUGCUCAUGGCAAAAAUAGCCUUUCAGAACAGGAUUAUUCUGAAUCUUCGGAUCUAGAAGGCACAGAUAGGAUAGAAAGAAUAAGGUAUAAAACUACUAUUAAUAGUUCAAGAAUACCAUCCAUGUGUGUUAUAACGCCAACAAAUUCGGAUGAUGAAGGUGAACAAGUUCAGAAAGAUAUUAUGCUACUUAGGAAACCCAGUAACGAAAAACCAAUUGAAAGUAAUUUGGUUAAAUCUCAAAGUAGGCCUAAAUUAGACUUGCCUCACGAGGAAACGGUUAAAGAAGUUAAAAAUGUUGAAAUAAGUAAAAAUAGUAAAGCACAAAGUCAAAUAAAGGCAUCCCUGCUGCCAUUCAACAAUUUAAUGUGUAAACUAAAGGGUGUACUUCCAAACAAGUUAUCGAACAAAAAAUCUCCAGUUCCAAAAGAAGUAGAAAACUUUGAAGACAUUUUUGACACUGGCGACUAUGUUACUAUAGCCGACGUUAAAAAUAAUAACCAAAAGAUGAGUCUAAAUAGAGGCAAUUAUGCUAAUGCAGAUGUGAUUGGAAAAAAUUUGCAGUCUGUUCUGUCAGGAAAGCCAGAAACAGAAUACGUAUCACUAAAUGAACUUCCAAAUUGUUUGACCGGUAGUAAAGAUUAUUUAGAUCAUGGCCUGGAAGAUAAGACACCAGGAACUUUAGAAGACAUGCAGAAAAAAGGAGCGAAAGUCACACUAGAUUCUCGCGGCCAAGUAAUUUAUUCAUCGGAUACUUUAAAAAGGAGAAAGGGUGCGCACACUACCUUCGAACCCGGCCCUUUUGUCCAGGAAAUAUCGCCAACUACAACCGUGAUCAAGCGUGAAAAUGCUGACAUUAUAACAGUUACUGAUGAAACAGACUAUGGAUACGAACAGCCGCCGCCUUCGAGCAAACCUACAUCUCCGCAAUUAGGCAAAAUGAUAAUAAAGGCGCCAGUAGAACCGCACGGGCCAAUCACUACAGAAUUCAUAACAUUGCCACCUCCAAAACCCAACACAAUCAUAACUGCUACACCUGUAACCGAAACGCCAAAUCUCGCCAACGCCCCCGCUAUUACCACAACUAAUAAACAUUCAGAUCUUCCUCGAAUCGUUGAAGCGUUAACUAGAACAGGAGCCUAUGUAAAUAUUCACGACGCAGAGGGUGUCAGCUUAUCGCCAACGAAAGAUGAUGCACCAGACUAUCUACAUUCCAAUGCUGCCAUCCCUUUGCUCAAUGGAAUACAAACGAUCCCCAAAACUAAUGGACCAAAUUUCGAUUUUCAUUCGCUAACCUCGACACUUCGUCGCAAUAAUGUUGCACAUCUAAACGGCAAACACGGUGUGGUUAACUACGACAACACGGGCCUACAAAAGCCUCAGCCUAAGUUUUGGACUCUCCCGCACCCCCCCGCAACGCACUGA